CCUUUUUCUUUUUCUGAUUUUUUUUUUUUACAAGCUGUCGUCUCUCUUCCUUUUUUAAUUUUUUUUAAUUUAAAGUUUCUCUUUCGGAAACCUUGAUACCUCUUAUUUGAUUACGAAGCUUUUUGGCUGCCUUGAUUGUGGACGAACAUAACGUGACUCAUGACGGAGACAUUUCACGGUUACAUUGAGACUACACAAGAUGUGUUGCUUGUGUUUGAAGGCUGUCGAAGAGGCCUUUUACCGACAGUGAGUCGACGUUUGCAAGAUAAAGAACGAAAAAUGAUUCAGUCAGGUUCAGUCUUUGUCUUUGACGAACGCGAGUCAGGCAUCAAACGAUGGACAGACGGAUUGGUAUGGAGUCCUUCAAGAAUAUUAGGAAACUUCUUGAUUUAUCGUGAACUGGAUAAACGGUCGAUUGGUGAUAAGAAACAUUCCAUGUCGAGUCUUUCCAAUGACUCAAGACAACGAAGUUACAGCGCAGAUCAAAGUUCAGCAUCAUCACAGAUCUCAGCCGUCGGCCUUUCGAUUGAUCGCACUAAAGAACGUCGUCUUGUGGGAAGCCUCUCGGAUUCAUACAAAUUUCGAAAAGAUGGAUUGAUCAAGAAAACCAUGUCCAUUGUCGUCAACGGAGUUCCACAGCAUUUGAUCUCUUACUAUCACCCACAAGAUAUCCUCCAGAAUAGAUUACGGACUCCAUCCUCGGUGCCAGAGCUGGCCUCUCUCGAAAUCUCUCCCGAACUUCUCGUGAAACAAAACUUUCGAAUUCCUCCUAUGGUUGAGCCAACCUUUGAACAGUCUAAACCCACAUUGUCCGGUCAAAUGUCCCCUGUCGAUGUCUUGACAACCGUUUAUGGAGAACGACGAGCACAUCCCCUGCGUAGUAUGUCUGUGGGAUCACUGCGUGGCGAGCCAAUUCAGCCUACCGGAUUCAUUGGUCGCGAUAUGGGCUCUUCCCAGAUGAUGUAUAAUUCUCCAUAUCAACGAAUGGAUCUGGAACAGAAACAUUCGCCGACAUUAGGCCCCUAUGGCAAUCCAUCGAUACCCAUGUCAAUGUAUGGUGGUGGCUAUCCCCCUAUUCCUUCACCCAACAGCAUGUCAUCCUCGCCUGGUACCCCGAUCUUGUCACCUGUACGACCGUCUUUUCAACAUCAGCGGAACUACUCGACAUCCUCAGCUUCGUCCACUUCCUUAUCGUCUUCCAUGUCAAGACUCGAUACAGGAACUCGUCACGGUAGUUAUGACAUGCUACCUUCGUACCAGCCUUCGGCUUCAGAGAGAAGUCAUCCUGCGCCCUAUUCGUCUUCUUCCAUGGGACAAGUCCACCCUCACAUGAUUUCAGAAACAGACUACUACAGUCACAACGAGCGACAGGAUGCACACCAUCACUCGCCGUUAUCUCUUCCUAACCCUCAGCAACCGUCCCCUCAGCGUUAUGCUUCCAAUCCCAACAUUGGCCAACUAUUGAAUCCCGUUCAUCCGCUCCACAGUAACAAUGCGUCGGCGGAGCUGCCGUCGCCGCAUCCAAAUCAAGCCUUGCUACAGUCCAUGGCAAUGACCAACACCGCCACUUCUCCGUAUCACCACAGUUAUUCAUCCGCCAAUAGAGAUUACAAUCCGAAAAUGAUGGGUCCCAAUGAAUGUGCGGUUGCUGAUCCUGCAGCCCAUCGUCCUGAGGAAAGCCAUCGUGGCUCGAUGGAAGGAAGUGGUCACGAUAAUGGUGGCGGAGGUGGGAUUGGUUACGACACUUACGCACACUACCAUCAGCGGCAACAACAAUUGACCAACACACACACGGGAAUGAUUAAUCAAGUACCGAUGUAUCGCAAUGGUAUCAUGGAUCCUAUGGCGCAAUACGAUGAUGCUCAAGAGUUACUGGAUGCCGAUUUUGGCAAAGGGCCUCUCAUGCUGAAAUAAUGCCUCUCUUGAACAUCGCGUUUUUUUUAACCUCUUGUUUUCCUUCCUUCCUUUCGUUUUCCCCGUGUUUAUCCAAAGAUUAUCAUCUGGCCUGCGUCAUCAUCGUUUGGUCGUUUCAUUUUCCUACUACACUUAUUGCUCAUCGUUCCGGUUUUGUUCUUUUGUUGUCCACAGUUUUAGUGUGUAUAAGCUUUGUUCUGUUUUAUUACGCCAAGCACCUCCGUGUUUUAUUCUUUUUUCUCUCUUUUCUUUUUAUAUCUUAUAUUCCGUCCAAAGUUAACCAAAAAUGAAUCAAAAAUGUUAGCUAGUGCAUAAUCUACCGUUUUGCGUAUGCUUCAAUUUAUAUAGGCU